CAGUUGAGAACAAAUCCACACUGCUCCCUAAAGUUCUCAAUCUAUAUUAUUGAAUAAUUCAUCUAUAUAGUAAUCUCAGAUGAUUGGCCUACUUAGGGAAUAUCUACUUUCUAGCACUCAACACUUGUUAUCUUGUUACAAAUUGUAGGCUUGCUUCUGUCCUACUUAGUUUGUUAGCAACCAAGAUGGCGGUCGCCUUGAUGGAAAAAAGACCGCGUUCUCGUGGAAAAAUGCCCGUUUCUCAAGCCAGACGGGCGAUGCAAGAGGAGUUUCUGGCGUUACAGGCUGGAGACAGCGACGAUGAUGACUUUCUCGGCCCCUCCAUAGCAGACCAGAUGAGGGUCGGCUUCUUCAGUCAGGACCGCUCGUGUCAGACGGAACAUUCGGAGAUCGUGGGGCUGAAGCGGAUGACGGAGGUGUUAAACAACCUGGUGCAGGAUGCCCGCGCCCUCAGGAAGGACCUGCACUUCAGCAAGCAGGUUCUACAGGCAGACUACGAGGCCAAGUUACAGGCCAAGGCCCUGGAUUUGUAUUGUAGGGUCAACGACAAGUUGGAAGACCUGGAAAAGAUUCAUCUAGAUAAAAUGCAGGUUGUAAGGAAGAGCUUCAGACAACAACUUGCAGAUGCCAUGGUCAAAAUAGCCAACCAAUACAAGAAUUACUACAGUAGCAAGCUGAACCUGGAGCAUGCUAAGCAGUCCAAGGGAAAGAAUGCCAUGACAGAGAAGUACAAGGAACUGCAGGCUCAGAUCCAGAGGAACGAGUCCAUCAUUCAGAUGCUGCAGAUGCAACUCAAGGAGUAUCAGGAAAACGCUGAUGUGAAAGUGUUUAAUUAUGAGGAUUCGGAGGCCUCCAAGUCAGACGGGAAUGAACAGCAGGUCGAGGAGCUGAAAUUGGACAUUGCCAAGUUACAGGACAAGGUCGAUGACCUACAGGACACACUGGAGUCCAGAGAUGACCAGAUAGACAACCUCAAUGCUGAGAUCAGUCUUCAACAAGAUAAGCUGGAGAAGGAGAAGGCUGUGCAGGAAGAGUUGAGACAACAGAUUGAAGAGUUGAGGGCCCAGAUGGAAUCAGACAAGGCCACCAAUCGUGGAAUGCUGGAGAAGCAGCGGCUGGACCUGGAGAGACAGAUGCAUGAGCAGGUGAAGAAUGCCAAGUCCUCGGCCCUGUCGCAGGCGCAGCAGCUGGCCCGGGAGGCGGAGGAGGCCGAGAAACAACGACUGAGGGAGAUGGAGGCACAGAAGAGGAGACAACAGGAGCUCAUGGCCAAGCAAGAAGCAUCGAUGGCAUCCAACAGUAAUGCUGAGGAAGAGGUCAAGAGACUGAAAAAACUGGAGAUGAAACAGGCUGAGGAAAUUGCAAGAUUGAAAAAGGACCUGGACAGGACCAACCGUACCUGGGAGAAGAAGUUUGCUAUCCUCAAACAGAGUCUCCAUGCUCUGAAGGAUGAGAGUUACAUCAGACAGACUCUACAGAAGCAGGCGGCCACACUUCACCAUGCCACCAUCGCGUACAACACGGACGCACAACCGUCUGCUCCUCCCAGCCAACAGGGGCCCAGGAAACAGCCCGCUCCGCUCCCGCGGAUCCAGAAGUCUCGUUCAGCGAGCCGGACAAAUAACCGGAGAGAGCGUGAGCUGGAGAGACUGGAGAAACAUACCAACUCUGCACCCAGUGGGAGGGGCACCGAGGUCUUCUCUACUGCAGAGUCUGAUGUGGUUGGUUCCGACGAGGAUGUGGAUAUGGGUGGGGUGCUGCCCCUGCCCUCCCCACCCCCUCGUGCUCCCUCACAGUGCAGCGUCCAGGAGAUGGCCAGCCGACCUUCGACCUCCAGUCAUGUGGUGGUGCUACCCUCCGCAGAGCCUGUGCCGUGAUUGGACAAACUCAACAUCUUCGUUAUCUCAUCCACACCCCUAUACUAUAGGUCCCCUACUCAAAAAACAAAGACUCAGGCUCUCUUUAUAAUUUGUAAAUACAUCUCUCCUGAAAUUUGUCCAGUUAUAUAUAAUUAUACCCCAGUAUGCAAGCCAUACAUGUGUGUAUUAUGUUGAAGACUUCAGUGGCACUGUUUAUGUGUUAUGUAUAUGUUUAUCAUGAACUUUCCAAUGUAAAGACUGAGGAGUUGGUACGUUUCUUGGUCUUCCAACUUGGAUACAACAGAGAUUAGUUUUGAUGUCAAAAGGGUGGAUAAGAUCACAUUUGACUUGCGCAUUUCUCACAAAGGAUCCAUAUGUCAAUUUAGCCCAGUUUUCUCAGGGACAAGCACAAUUUGUAGCUGCCAAACAAAAGCACUUCAAAGUUCAUCUGUGUUGCUAGAAGUCAUUCAAGAUCAAUGUUUAACUGUACUUUCCAUCACAAAAAUUUGACUUAUCCAAAUUUUUGACUGGCCGACUUCAAUCUUUGUCAAGGGAUUUGUUGACAGUCCUUGACAGAGACUGAAGUUAAACAGUCAAAUUUUACCUCUCCUUUUGGUUUGCAUUGUUAGGUGCAUAUGACAACAGAUGACAUCAUCCGUGGAUGUAUCUUCAUGAUGUACAGUUUGUGGUGUUGUGUACAUAAUGUAAAUAAAGAAGUAGAAAGAAGCCACA